AGUCCAAACCCAGCUACUGCCACGCUCCAAGUCCAAGGCAAGGUUCUGGAUCGGUGGAUCAAGGAAGCUAUGGCUAUGGCGAUGACAAAGACAUUUUUUGCUGCUGCUCCUUCCUUCGCCGUACACGGUGGUGGUGGUGGUGGUGGUAGGGCUUCUGAUCCACUGGUCAUUCCUUUCUUCUCUCACUCUUCCAUCUCUCCUGUUCCUCUUCACCGCUUCCCAACCUCGCGCUCCCUCUCCAGGAACAACAAUAAGAAUGUUAUAUAUGCUUCUGCAUAUGAUUUUAAUGCAGUCAGUUCAGCUUCACUGAAAUCCAGUGACAAUCUUGAUAGUGUUCCUAUGCCAAUUGUAAUGAUAGAUCAAGACUCGGAUACUGAAGCAACAAUAGUGCAGCUUAGCUUUGGUGAUCGCCUUGGAGCUCUUAUUGACACGAUGAGAGCAUUAAAAAACUUGGGGUUGGAUGUUUCAAAGGGAACUGUCUCCACAGAGGGACCGGUUAAGCAGACAAAGUUUUUUAUUACUCAGGCAGACACUGGCCGCAAAGUUGAAGAUCCUGAUAUGUUAGAGAGAAUUCGACUGACCAUUAUUAACAACUUGUUGAAAUAUCAUCCUGAGUCGAGCGAAUUACUAGCCAUGGGUGAGGUGUUUGGCAUAAAGGCUCCACAGAAGAAGCUUAAUGCUGAUAUUGCAACUCAUAUACAUGUUAAGCAAGAUGGGCCCAAGAGGAGCUUGCUGUACAUAGAGACAGCAGACAGGCCAGGCUUGCUCGUUGAAAUCAUUAAAGUCAUCGCAGAUGUGAACAUCGAUGUUGAAUCGGCUGAGAUUGAUACAGAAGGCUUGAUUGCUAAAGAUAAAUUUCAUGUCAGUUAUGGUGGCGCUGCAUUAAACAGUUCAAUGUCUCAGGUUCUGGUGAACUGUCUCCGUUACUAUCUCCGGACGCCAGAGACAGAUAUUGAUAGUUACUGAGGAAGCUUUCCUCUGAGGUAUCACUCACCGUUACAUGUAAAAUAAGCCAGUGUAAUGGUUCUUGUAACAAUUGCCAGUGAGCCUGAUAUCAUUUCUGGCGAUUCUCACCUGGUUGCUUGUGGAAUGUAUGACUGUAAGGCUAUAACUGUAUGAUCGUCCUCAAAGCCAAAUGUCAGAGUCAAAAGUAGUACCAUAUAAAUCAAACAUUCCCUCGUAAGGCAUCUAUGGUUAUUAUUUUAA